GGUAUUUUCACUGUACUGCACAGUUAUGGGUCACAACAUUUUACUUCUCUCUGUGAUUUUUAUUACUCUGGUGACGUUCGGCUCAGGAUCUAAAAAUACUGAUGCAGGGAACCGGAUCCUUGUUAAAAUUGACGCAACAGACGUUCAAGUAACGUGCUCGAUAAACACUGAUGGGCUUCCCCUGAAAUACUUUGCAUGGUUUGAAUGUCCAAAUAUAGAACAGAUGAAACAGUGCAGAAAGGACCGGGACAAGUAUAGAAAAGCUUGGAUAAAAAACAGAACAGUGAUCAAUCACUAUCCUGAGGAGUUUAAACUCAGUGUAAAUAGAACGCUGAGUAUACUGAGGAUGUCACCAAAGUAUGACGGAGCAGUAUUCCUUUGCAUAGGAGAAAUUGAGCACCAUGAAGCGCUAGAGAACACCACAAUUAUUCAAAUAAUCAAAGAGAAGCCCGUUAUUAAGAUAAAAAGUCCGCAACCGUCCUCGGUGAUCGAGGGAUCGACUCUGAACUUAGACUGCGUCGCAACGGGUUUUCCUCGUCCCCGAGUGACCUGGGUUCGAAUUCGUGACGGGCAGGUGCUUCAAAAUCGAACAAACGACGAGGCCACAAGUUUAGGGCGAAAUUUCACCAAAUGUGACGAAGGGGAAUACCGUUGUACAGCCAAAAAUCGUCUGGGAAGCGAUAAUUAUAUACUUCAAGUAAUUGUCCUCGCAAAGACUUAG